UAAUAAUCACGUGAUAGUCAGUUGACAUGGUUACAUUGUUUACUGGUAACACAAAGUUGGGCCGCAUAUUAGUAGAGAGAUCAUAGCAAUCUUAGCUGUAUAUCUGAUUUGUUCCUGAUUGUUUCUGAUAAGUUUAAAAUCUUUAUAAAAAGUGAACUUUUAAGCAACAUCUGUGUGUGUAGAAUUUAUUUCUAUAUUUGGAGAUAGGUUAAGUAGUUUUACUUGCAAUUAGAAAGUGCAGUUAAUGUUUAACAAAUAACUUACAAAAUGGCAUCAUUUUCUGGGUCUUCUAUUGAGAAGGGAUGUGACUUUGUGCCUGACUCCUUAUGUAGUACCUGCAAAGACAAAAAUAGUGUGAUUCAUGCAGAAUUUUACUGUGAAAGGUGUAAAUAUUUCUUCUGUAGAAAGUGUCUUGACUUACAUGACAAUUUGUUUACAAAACAUAAUGUACUUGGAAAGGAACAUGGAGUGAAAUGGCCAGUGUCCAGAGAAGAAGACAGCCUUUCACAAAAAUUCAAAGUGGACUCCAGGCCUGGUAGGAGGGCUGGCCUGGACGAUGCAGUGCCUGGUAGGAGGGCUGGCCUGGACGAUGCUGUGCCUGGUAGAAGGCCAAUUCCUCUCAUAGUGAGGCCUGGUAGGAGGGCUGGCUUAGACGAUGCUGUGCAUGGUACAAGGCCCAUUCCUCACAGAGUGGACAAAUUAAAGGAUAACAAUACCAGAGAUGUAUAUCAUGGCUUCACCAGUUCUACAUCAGACAAUAGCCUGAAACCAUAUACUCCAUCCAGCAUUGGGGCAAGCUUAAAACCAGCAGAUGACCCGCAUUCAUCCAGACCUACAUCAGACAAUAGCCUGAAACCAUAUACUCCGUCCAGCAUUGGGGCAAGACCCAUCCCUGAGUGGUUAAAAUCACCGUCAACGAUAUCAGUGCAGGGGAAUCCUGCCAAGGUGUUCACUGUCAAAGGAAAGUCUGAGCACAAUGUGUUCAUACCGAGUGAUUCAGAAACAUGCAGAAUCCAAGCCAUCUGUGUCCUCCCAGAUGGACAGGUCCUGGUUGCAGACAGCGGUAAUCAGAAAGUCAAGCUUCUGAACCAGCAGUUUCAGGUGGUGAGUCACUGUGGUGUGACUGCUGGGCCAUGGGACAUGUGUGUUAUCACACCCAGUGAGGUUGCAGUGUCUGUGGGUCAUGGGAUCCAGUUUAUCACAGUAAACAAAACCCAGCUGGUGCCAGCCAGGAAGGUUCAGUUACAACAUGAUUGUAGAGGUAUUGCCCGACACCAAAGGGACCUGUUCAUUACUUCACGUAAAGCACUGUACAAGUACUCACUGAGUGGGAAUCUGGUCUGCAUACUGUAUGAGGAUGUGUCAGGUCCUGAUACAGGUAAGAAUCAUGGAGGACUCAUCCUGAUAUCAUAUGUAUAA